AUGGCACCAAAAAGAUCAAAGAACCAGAUACGAAGAGAAAAAUUGAAACAAAGAAAAUUGGAAAAACAAGAGGUGGAAACUAAUGAAGGCGUCAAUCUGAAAAAACCGGAAGUAGAGCAGCAACAUACCACAAUCAAUGUACAAAUAGAUGAUGAUCCAUUAUUCGAACAAUUUCAAUCUGUAUUAAACAAAUUCAACAAUCCCCAACAAAUUGAAGAUUCCAAACAGGAGAAUGCCAAAGAUUCUAAAGAUUUGGUUUAUCAGAACAUAGACUCAUCAGAUAACGAACUGAGUGGAGAAGAUAUUAGUGAUGAAGAAACGCAACUAACGACUCAGCAACAACAGCAACUCUCGAAGCGUCAGCUACGUAUUCAGAACAAGAUUCCAUUAGCAAAAUUGAGAUCAUCAGUGAAGUUCCCACAAGUAGUGGAAUGGUACGAUGCUGAUUCCAAAGACCCGUAUUUACUAAUUGCAAUGAAGUCACAACCAAAUAUAAUACCUAUUCCAUCGCAUUGGAGUUCGAAAAGGGAUUACUUGUCAUCACGCAGAGGGAUAGAAAAAUUGCCAUAUCAAUUACCGAAAUACAUUCAAGCAACAGGAAUCUCAGAGAUGAGAUCUGUAGGACGUGAUUCUAGGACAUUGCGUCAACAACAAAGGGAAAAAAUUCAACCCAAAAUGGGUAGGCUAGAUAUGGAUUAUGAAAAGUUGUAUGAAGCUUUUUAUAAAUUCCAAACGAAACCAAGAGUUCUUCCCUAUGGUGAGUUAUUUGAGGAAGGUAAACAUUCAAACGAUGAACUUGUUACUAAAGCUGCCAAAAUUAAACCUGGUAUUAUUUCUUUGGAGAUGCGACUGGCGUUAGGUAUGCCUCCGAAUGAUGUGAGUAUCCCUCCGGCCUGGGUCACAAUCAUGAGAGAUAUAGGGAAGCCCCCGUCUUAUAAGGAGUUACUUAUACCUGGAUUAGAUAUUAAAUAUAGUAACAUGGGAUACAAGGAUAAAAAUAGCAGUUCUAGGCGAGAGAAAUUGAAACACUGGGGAACACUAAAUACUGCUAUUGAGUCAUCAGAUGAGGACGAGGAUGAGGAUGAGGAAGAUAGUGUUGUUGUACUGGAUUCGACGGAAGCAAAUAAUAGAAUUGAUCCAGGACAACAGCCAAGUAAGAAACAGGAUGAACCUAAAGAGCCAUCAUUAAAUGAAAUCCUUGCUGGAUUAUCGAGUGCCAAUGAUAAUUCUAAAGAAGAGAAGAAGUUGUAUAAAAUUAUCAAGGAAAAGAAAAUAAAAGAUGAUGAUUCAUUGACCGGAUAUACAUACGACUUCAACAAUGAUAGUGUCAACGACUAUACAUCAAAUGAGGAUUCCAAAACCCCCGAAGAAAAAGAACAAACUGAAGAAACUGAAGAAUUUAAAUUCUAA